AUAUCAAUCUCAUUCUUUGUAGAGAUCAAGAAAUUGAAAGGAAAAAAAAAAAAAAAAAAAAUCAUGGACAGAGAACAAGAAGAUCUCCAAUUUCUUGGUUUCUUUGGGGUCUUCAAAGAGUCCUUCAAGAUAAUCUUCUCAUGGAGAAGAAUCUUCAGCCAAAUCACCCUAGCCCUUAUACUCCCUCUCUCCUUCAUCUUCUUAGCUCAUAUCCAAAUCUCUCAACUCCUUUUCUUCAAGAUCGUGAAUGACCAAGACACCUUGGAUUUCGAUGAACAGGGUGGUACACCAAGUUACAACAAGCUCUCUAAUCUUAUCUCUUUUGAAUGGGCAGAAUUUUGGCUCUUCAAAUUUGUCUACUUUACUUUCCUUCUUAUCCUUUCCCUUCUUUCAACCUCGGCGGUUGUUUACACCAUCGCAUGCAUAUACACAGGCGAGGAAAUCACGUUCAAGAAAGUCUUAGGCGUUGUCCCAAAGGUUUGGAAGAGACUCAUGGUCACUUUUAUGUGGAGCUUUGCUAUUGUUUUAGCCUACAACAUCUUUUCUGGAGUACUGUUCUACUUUUGGGCACGUUAUUUUGGACUGUACAAGAUUGGAAUUGCAAUUUUUGUUGGUCUCUUGGUGUUAUACUUGAUGGGUUUUGUGUAUAUAAGCCUACUUUGGCAUUUGGCAAGCGUUGUAUCAGUGUUAGAAGAUGUGUACGGGAUCAAAGCCAUGAUCAAGAGCAAGACCUUGAUAAAAGGUAAGAUGUGUCUUGCUGUGGCUCUCUUUUGCACGCUGACAAUUCUUUUCAUAGGGGUUCAGCUAUUGUUUGAGAAUUUGGUUGUGCUGAAUAUAACACGAAAUACAACAAUCAGAAUUGGAAUUGGAAUUCUUAGCUUUUUGUUGCUAUUCAAGGUGUUCCUAUUUGGUCUGGUUGCCCAAACGGUUGUGUACUUUGUUUGCAAGUCAUAUCACCAUGAAAAUAUCGACAAGUCCUUGUUAGCAGAUCAUCUAGAGGUUUAUCUUGGGGAGUAUGUUCCGUUAAAGGCCAAGGAUGUCGAACUAGGUGAAUUUGAUGUCUAGUUAUUAGCUAUGUUAUUUUCUGUUUUUUAGCUAAGCGAUGUCUAGCUGUAUAUGCUUGUUUUAAUUAUGGACAAUGCUAGAGAAAAAAAUCUUACUAUUUUGGAGGUUUAAUUUACGUAGAAAAUGAAUGAGGCUCUGUUUGGUUCA